AGCGAAGCAUCUCGGCUGAAGAUGUACAGGAUAUUAGCCGUAGCGCUUUGGUGUUUUCUGCAAGCAGAGGGCAGGCAUCCAGAGAUCACCCUUCGUAGCAGCAACAAUGGCAAUUUUUUGGACAAUGACAAAUGGCUGAGCACCGUUUCCCAAUACGACAAAGAUAAAUACUGGAACAAAUUCAGAGAUGAGGUAGAGGAUGAUUAUUUCAGAAACUGGAAUCCAAACAAGCCUUUUGAUCAAGCCCUUGACCCAUCUAAAGACCCAUGUUUGAAGGUAAAGUGCAGCCCUCACAAAGUGUGUGUCACUCAUGACUACAGGACAGCCACUUGUGUAAGCCGCAAACACCUUCGGCAAAAGAAAGGAAAUCUGCCCCAGAGGCAUUGGGCUGGAUCAUCUAAUUUAGUAAAAUGCAAGCCGUGCCCUCUGACGCAUGCCAGCUCUGUUUGUGGUUCUGAUGGACACACUUACACCACUAAGUGCAAGUUGGAGUUUCAUGCCUGCACAUCUGGCAAAAACAUUGUGGCUCGAUGUGAAGGGCCUUGCCCAUGCCUUCCAGGACAAGAGAGUCCAAAACACCGGACUGAGAAAGCUGAAUUUUGUGUAUUAAAAUAUGAUUCCUACUCCAAUUAUCAGAUUUCUCAGUGA